UGACGUUUGAUAGUCAUCUCUUUCCCCUUUUUUUUAUAUAUAUUUCUUUUUUUACUAGUGUUAUAUAGACUUUUAUUUUAUUUCUCAUUUAGUUUUGAUUUAGUUUUAGUAUACAUUAUAUAUAAAUAUUAUUUUAUAAAAUGAACGGAUUUGAACAUUCAUCUUCGACUACCAUGCAUUCAACUUCAUUUCAACAACAACAACAAAAUAACAGCAAUGAAAUAGAAGGAAUACGGUUAGCUUAUAGGACUGCUUUGGCUGACUUGACUUUUAACAGCAAACCUAUUAUUACUGGACUGACUAUUAAGGCUCAAGAAAAUCAAUUUGCAGCAAGUGCAAUAGUACGAGAAAUUGAACAACAAAUACGAACGAAUGCUCCUGGUCAAAAACUCCCUGUCUUAUAUUUGAUCGACUCAAUUUGCAAGAAUGUGGGCGGUCCUUAUGUAACACAUUUUGCUCGAAAUAUCACAUCUCUUUUUAUGGAUACUUAUACCUUGGUCGAUCCUUCAACAAGAAAAAGUUUUGAACGUUUAUUACAAACAUGGAAAAAUGGAAUGCCUAAUGGUUCUCCUGUGUUUGCUCGUCAUUUGAUUGAUACCAUUGAACGUUCUAUCAACUUUAUCCAACAACAUCAGCAAUCACCUUCUAGUCGUCCUGUACCAACUAAUUCAAAGCCAAGGGAUCCAAGGAGUAGAGCAAGAAUGGAACCAAAAGGUCAACUUCCUGUCACACCUUCGCCUCCUGCUACAGUUUCUUCACCUUCCAAAGGACAAUUGUUAACUCAGCCUCUCCCGAACAAUCUCAUUCAUUCUGGUCCUACAUUUGUUUCACAACAACAUCAAAUGACAACAUCAACUCCACCUCCAAUAGGAGCAAUAGGAUCACCUGUAGCUACAUCAUCAAUUCUACCCACUGGUUCUCCUCAACCUCAAAGGCUAGCUCAUCCACCUAUUAUUCCUCAAACAACAACAACACCAACAACAACACCGCCACCACCACAACCACCACAACCACCAAUGGUUGCUCCAAUAAGUCUCAAUACUGCUGAUCUAUUAAAAAAUUUGAUGUCUCAAGGAUUAUUACAACCAACUCAUACGAACCCGGUGGCUACUUCAUUACCUUUGACUUCAACACCUACCCCUCCUCUUGCAACGCCUCCAACCUCAUUACAGCAAAUGCCACCUACCGAGUACAAUUUCCGUUUAGAUAACAAGGAUCUUCAAAGAGAACGACCUGGAGCUGUGGAAUUCCUAUAUGCCAAGUUACCAUUAAAAUGCAAACAAUGUGGCAUUCGUUAUCCUGACACUAAAGAAGGCAAGAUGAAGAUGGAUGCACACUUGGAUUCACAUUUUCGACAAAAUAGAAGGAUGAAGGAACGAGUCAAACGUGGAUUAUCUAGAUCUUGGUUUGUAUCUGAAAGCGACUGGAUUCAUGGUGCAGAAGGGGAAUUGACUAGUCAUCAAAUGCCAACAUUUAUGACCGACAAACAACAACGACUUUCUCAACCAUUACAACAACAACAACAACAACAACAACAACAACAACAAACGGGUGGAUUACAAACGAUCGAAAGUAGUAGUGAUAAUAUAACCAAUCAAGCUGCGGACAAUAAUACCAUGAAUAAGGAACAGAAUGAACUAUUGGAAUUGGGAGACUCAAUGGUGGUGAUGCCUCAUGAUGGUGAACGGAAACCUUGUCCAAUUUGUGGUGAAGCUUUUACGGAUGUUUGGAAUGAUGAUGAAGAAGAAUGGAUGUACAAAAACGCGGUACUUGUGGGUUCAACAAUAUAUCAUGCUACUUGUCAUGCCGAUGCCAUCAAAAGUAAUACUUUAUUGAAGAAUGCCGAUGUGGAUAUGGAUCAAGGAUUCGAUGAGGACUUGCAUCAAAAACGAAAGACAGAGGAUGGGACAGAUCGAAAGACAAAAUUACCACGAUUGGAUGGAUGAUUCUUAUCAUUUGUUAGAGAGAAUGGUGUAGUUUUAGUCUAUUUCUAUGACACUUCUUUUUUUAAUAUAAAAAUAAUAAAAACAAACAAUUCUAUCAAAAAAAAAUAUAUAUAUAUAUUUUAUUGUGAUAAUAGGAAGAUAGGGUACAAAAU